AAAUGACAUCAUAGGCUGUUCACUCCUCCUCCUAAUUUGGAUCCUCUGUGAUUUUCAGGUAUUUGUGUGCCUGCCUCUUGUACGGUUGACCUUACUGGGUUGGAGACUGCUUUGCAGGGUGGGCAACAGCACGGCAUUCAGUGCAUAGAAUGCAUACGGUAUAUGAACCAACCAGGCAGAUCUUGACAGUUGGUAGGUGACUUUCUCUGAGAAGAAAAUGUGUCUGUGAAGUCGGGUUUUUUGUACACUGGAGCAUUCGGCAAUAAAGAGGGAAUGACCAGAUUGAUUUUUCCCAUGUGCUGCUAUUUCACCACCAACAUAGCCCUUGUGGCUUGGUUUGUUUUACUGGAAGUUGAGAACAGUAUUUCCUGGAAGCAGUGGGUUCCUCGUCUCCGCCUGUCAUACCAAGAUCUACUGAGAUCAAAUAACUCCCGGCUGCUUCUAGACUCGGAUAAUGACCUGGCCUUCCAGUCACUUCUUCUGGAUGAAAAGAGGGCAUGGCUGAUGGCAGGUGCCAAGGAUCAUGUGUUUUUGCUCCACCUAGACCACCCCAACAUAGAGCCUCAAAAGAUUUUCUGGCCAGCUCCUAGAGAGCAGAGAGAGCAUUGCAGAUUGGCUGGGAAGAAUCCUGAAACAGAAUGUGCCAAUUUCAUCCGCUUUCUCCAGCGCUUUAACAGCAGCCAUGUCUUUGCCUGUGGAACGGGCUCCUACCAGCCCAUAUGUGCCUUCAUACACAUCAAAGCUGGAGCUGAGGAACCAGGGCUGCCGACUAUGCAGCUGGUGCAAUACUCUGUAGGAUCUGGGAGAGGCAAGUGCCCAUACAACCCUUACGAACCUUUUGCAGGGCUGCUCACAGAUGGAGAGUUUUAUUCUGGCACUUCCAUUGACUUCAUGGGUAGCAGUGCUGCUUUCUUCCGGACACAACUUGACAGAGCUGACCAAAACUACCUCCGAACAGAACAGAACCAAGAUUAUUGGUUAAAAGAGCCAGUGUUUGUUGGGGCCUAUGUCAUUCCUGACACCUACAACCAUGAUGAUGAUAAGGUGUACUUCUUCUUCCGGGAGACAGCAGUAGAGGCUGGACAGUGGGAGAAAGAGCGCGUCUAUGCCCGGGUGGCCCGGGUCUGCAAGAAUGAUGUUGGUGGGAAGCACAGCCUCAUCAACCGCUGGAGCACAUUCCUUAAAGCCCGGCUAGUCUGCUCCAUCCCUAGUCUACAGGGUACUGAAACACAUUUUGAUCAGUUGGAGGAUGUUUUCCUCCUUCGUACUCGUAAUGUUCAGGACCCUCUUAUUUAUGGCCUCUUCACAGUGUCUAGUGGCAUUUUUAAUGGUUCUGCAGUAUGCGUUUACUCCAUGGCAGCCAUUCGGGCUGCUUUCAAUGGACCCUUUGCCCACAAGGAAGGCUUGGAGUACCAGUGGGUUGAAUACAAGGGAAAGAUCCCCUAUCCCCGUCCUGGAACAUGUCCCAGUGAAACAUAUGACCCUCUCCUUCAGUCAACCAAGGAUUUUCCUGAUGAAGUCAUCAGCUUCAUGCGCACUCACCACCUGAUGUGGGACUCCAUCUAUCCUCUCCAGGGGAAACCCAUUCUGAUGCGAGCUAAUGUCCCCUUCCAGAUCCAUCAGCUGUUAGUGGACAGAGUGGAGAUAGAUGCUGGGCACGUGGAUGUCCUCUUCCUUGGAACAGAUGAUGGUAAAGUGCUGAAGGUGAGGGUUGCUAGCACAGGAGGACAAGAAUUGCAGGAGAUUAGCCUGGAGGAGAUCAGUAUUUCAAAGAAGCCUUUGCCCAUCCUCGACAUGCAGCUUUCUCUAAAAAGGCAGGAAGUGUUUGUGAGCAGCGCCAAUUGUGUGGUCCAGCUCUCCCUUCACCGCUGUGAACUGUAUGGCAAAGCUUGUGUCGAAUGCUGCCUGGCUCAAGAUCCCUACUGCACCUGGGAUGGCAAAGCCUGCAAGCCCUAUUUACUCACUAAAAAAAGAAGAACACAGUGCCAAAAUAUGCGGAAGGCCAACCCAGCUGGGCGGUGCCAAAAUGCUGCAAAAGGAACCUUUGUGGCUGAAGAAAUGGUGAUCUUUGGCGUGCAGAACAACUCGACCUUUCUUGAAUGCCUUCCACAUUCUCCCCAGACCACCAUUCGUUGGCUUGUGCAGCACAGCAAUACAGUCGCUCUGGAGGAGAUUCGGAGCAGCGACCGCUUCUUCAUUCUAGAACAAGGGCUGCUGAUUAGUCAGCUAUCACAACAGGAUGCUGGUACCUACCACUGCCAAGGAACGGAUCACUCCUUUUCCCAAACACUCAGCUCCUACAACCUGCGCAUCAUUGGACACCAGGCUGUGGAGGCAUUAAUCUCCAGGCAAAGCAAGAGCACAAAGGAAGCUGGAGCUUCACCCAGCACCAGCCACAGGUUGGAGCUUCCAUUUCCUUACAAGGGCUAUUCAUGGGCCUUAGGAGCACCUGGCACCAAUUUGGACGAGUUUUGCAAGGAGAGGAAAAGGCAGAGGCAAAAGGCCUGGAACCCUAACUGGCAGCAGCAUCCCCCAGAAAGCAAGAAAGGCCGAGUGCGCCGGCAGCCUGGACCCUUGUAGUAGUGCUGGACUACCUUACUCUAGCUGCAGAUGUGUACAAAAUCUCCCACUGGGCACAUGAAGGCCACUCACCAUAUUCUUCCCACUGCAGACCAAAGUCUGUCCUUUUUUAAACUGGAAUUCUUUUUCUGCACAAGGAAUUGAAGCGAAGUAUAAAGGAAAUCUGCCUGAGAAAAGCAGGUGCCUCUUGCCCAGUUUGAUAUACCCAUAAGCCUGUAGAAUUAAUGAUGAGAAUCCUGCCCAGGACAGAAUGGGAGAGAGCGCUUUUGGUUCUUUAUACUUCCAAGUACGUGCUUUAUACAGCUCUUUCCAUCUUGAUUUCCUAAUAAAUUGUCAUCAUUAAUGGUG